AUGAAAAUGAAUAAUGAUAAAAAAACUAGUAUAGAACAAGUUAUGAGCGAUUAUUUAAUAAAUUUAAGUCAGUUUUAUAGAAAUGAACAGUCGCUAAGUAAUCAAGAUAAUUACAAUAAUAAAAAAAAUAAAAAAGAUGAAAAAAAUGAAGAGAAUGAAAAAAAUAAUAUAUCAUCAUAUAAUAAUAUAUUUUUAAAAUAUAGAAAAAAUAAUAGUAAUAGCGAAUAUAGUAGAACCAGUAUAUCUGAUAAUUUAUAUGAUAUAGAAAAUUGUAAAUCAGAAUAUUAUGAACAUAUAAUGAAUAACAUAUUUCCAUUUAAGGAAAGAAAAAUAUAUUAUCAUUUAGAAAAAAUAAUAAAAGAUGAAAAUAGUUAUUUACAUGCUGAAUUAAAUGAAUACUUAUUUUGUUAUUUAUACAUUUUAGCAAUUAAAAAAACAUUUUAUGAUAUUAUUUCCCAAAAAAAAAUAGAAUAUGAAAUUGAAAAGUAUAAUCAAAAUAAAAAAAAAAUACAAGAAAUAUAUUUGUUUAGUUCAAACUAUAGGGAGCCAUCUCUCAACACUAGCGCCAAAUCAUUAAGUGUGGAGAAUUGCAAUAUUUUGGGCAGUUUGGACAGUUUGGAUAGUGGGGCCAGUUGCAAUGGCGUGGGGAACGGCGCCGAGUUAGAAACGGGGCGAGGAGAAACUUCCAAACAUGUUAAGGAAUGCAAAAAUGAAGAAAAAAAAAAAAUAUAUCAAUAUAAAAUAGGGGAUAAUAAAUCGUUAACAUAUAAUUCACAUUUGAAUGAAGCUGAUAUAGAUUAUAAUGAAAAUUUAAAACAUGAUAAUAUUUCAAAUAGGAACUCUUUCGAAAGCAUAAAUAAUAAAAAAGAAGACAAUAAUGAUGAUAUAAAAAAAAUAAAAAAAAUAAAAAAAGAAAAAAAAGAAAAAUGUCAUGAAAAAAAUGAAAAUGAUCGAUUAAAUAAAAAUUAUAUAAUAUAUAUAUUUAAAUUAUUAAAAAAAAAUAAAUUAUAUUGGAUCAUACCUUUGAGUGUUAUUUCAUCAGUAUAUAUUUAUUAUAAAUUAAAAAAAAAUGUAUAUUCAUUUAUAUAUCAUCAUUUUACAAAUAUUUAUAGAUAUAUGAUUAACAUAUUUGCAAACAAUAAUUCAAAUGAAAUUAACAAUAUGUCUAUAUAUAAAGAUUAUAAACAUUUUUUUCAUAAUAUUAACAAAAAUAAUAUAAAAACAAUAUGGAUAGAUCCUUCAAACAAUACUUUUAAUUAUUUUUUAAAUAAAAAUUCAGGAAAAAAUGGAAAUAUUAUUAUAUUUAAUCAACCAAAAUUAUCAAAUAAUAAUGAUAUAAAUAAUAAUGAUAUAAAUAAUAACAUGCAUACAAUAUAUUAUCAUGAUUAUAUAAUGAAAUAUUUAUUAAAAAAUAAAAUAUAUGAAAAUGUAGAAGUCCGAUUAUAUGAAAAUAUAAAUAAAUCAUCAGUUUUAGAUAUUAUUAAAACAUAUUCAUUAGAUGUACUAACAUAUCUAUUUUCUUUAGGGUCUUUAUAUUAUAUAUAUGGAAAAAAAUUUUCACCUUUUAAUAUAGAUUAUAAAAUUGAAAAAAAAAAUAAUAAAAAUAAAAACCAAAAUGAUUUAAACAAAAUAAUAAUUAAUUCUGAAACAAAAAGAGAUAUAAAAUCUAUUCUUUUUAUUAUUAAUUUUUCAAAAUUAUUUAUAAGUAUUCAAAAUGAUGAAAUUUAUAUAGAUCAUCCUUUAAAUAGUUGUAUAUUAUUUACAGGAGAAACUGGAACUGGAAAAACAUUGCUUGCUAAAACAAUAGCAAAUGAAUUAGAUGCAGAUUUUAUGCAUGUAUCUGGUUCUAGUUUUAUUGAAUUAUAUAUAGGAAAUGGUGCAUCUAAAAUUCGAAAUUUAUUUAAAAAUGCUCAAAAUAAUAAAAACCCUGUUGUUAUAUUUAUAGAUGAAAUUGAUAGUAUAGGAAUUAAUAGAAAUGGAAAUGAUAUGUCAAAUAAUCAAAAUAAUGAAUAUACACAAACUUUAAAUCAAUUAUUAAUUGAAAUAGAUUCUAUACAUGAAUAUAAUAAUGAACAGGUCAUGUUAUCUUAUAUUGAUUCUGACAUAUGUAAUGGCAAUAAUUAUGAAAAAGGUGUUCAUUUUGUAAAAAAGCAAUUUUCUAAAUAUUUCUUAAAACAAAAUAGUAGAGAUAAUAAUAAAGGGAAUAGUAGAGAGAAUAAUGAAGAGAAUAAAAUAUACAAUUACCGAGAUAAUUGGCGAAACAAUUUGAAUGAAAAUGAUGGAUAUGAAAUGCUUCAAUACUAUUUAAAUAAUAAUUUUAGUUUAAAAGAGAUAGAAGAAUUAUUUAAUUUAAAAAAAUUUAAAACAAAAAAAUAUAUAUUACUUAUUGCAGCAACUAAUAGAUAUUCAUAUCUUGAUCCUGCAUUAAUAAGAUCAAAAAGAUUUGACAAAAUUGUUCAUUUUAAGAUGCCAAAUUUAUAUACUCGAACAAAAUUAUUUGAAUUAUAUAUAAAUAAAUAUAUUUAUAAAUCAAGUUUAAGAAAUGUUAGAAAAAAUCAAUUUAAGAAUCGAAUAAAUAGAUAUCUAUGGGAUGGAAAUACAGAAUAUGAAAAGAUAGAUGUAAACAAAAUAAAUAAUUCAACUUAUUAUAAUCAAAAAUGUUUUAAUUUAUCAAAUUUUGAUGAAAAUAAUUUUGACCAAUUUGGUGCAUAUACAGAUAUUCGUUACAAUAUACCGAUAUAUCAGCAUAUAGGAAAUCAUAUACUGGCUUUUAAGCAGUGGCCAUUUUGGGGAAACGCCCAAAAAAAUAGCAAUAAAAAUGGCAAUAAAAAUGGCAAUAGUAGUAGCAAUCACGGCAGCAAUUAUGUUCAGUUCGUUAAAACGAUCAACAAACUGAAAGAAAGAUACAUGGAUGAAUAUAUAGAUACAUACACAUUUUCUAUAUUAUCACAUAUUUUUAAUUGUGCAGAUAUAGAUCAAUUAGUAUCAUCUAUUAAAAUUAGUAAAUUAAAAAAAAAAUAUAAAUAUAAAAUGAUAAUAAGUAAUAACAAUAUAUUGGCAGAAAAUAUGAUAUCUAUAUUGCAUAAAAAAAUAGUAUAUGAUAAACAUAUGCAUAAAAUUAUAAAUAAAACAGAAUAUACAGAAAAUAUUAGACAAACAAAUAAUCCAAUUAAUGAUUUAAAAUUUUUUUAUGAUAAUGAUAAUUUAUUUUUUGGACAAAAUUAUGAAAAUAAUUUAUCCAAAUUUUUAGAAUUUUGUAAUGAAAAAUGUUAUCAAAAAAUUCAUGAAAAACCAUUUGAACCUAAAUUAAAAUUAGAUGAUUUAAAUUUUUUUUUAGAUUUAAAAAAAAAUAUAAAUAUAAAUAAUAAAUCUUUAAGUUCAGAAGAAUCAGAUCUUAUGCAAAAUAAUAAUCUUAUGCAAAAUAAUAAUUUUAUUUAUAAUAAUUCAUUAUUAAAAAAUGGCAAAAAUUAUAAUUUACCAAUAUUAUGGAAAUCUAUCGAACAUUUUUUUGUUUCUCUAUAUACCGAAUAUAUACGCUUAAAAUAA